GCUGAUAGUGACAAAGUUUUUUUUUAGGCUUUAAGGAGUUCUGGAUAAUACCACAGAUUGGUUAAUUAAUAUUAGUAACAAUGUCCUUUACAAUAAUGCAAAAGUUAUCACUGCAAAGUCUCAAAGGGGAUCAGACUUUAUUGACGACCAUACGUAACGCCAGUAAAAAGACUGGAGGCAGCACGCGCAACAAGAAGGGACAUCCACGGCCAAAACAUCGCGGCUGGCGUGUUCAGGAUGGACAUUGGGUCUCACAGGGUACAUUGCUUGCGACACAACUAACAACUCGUUUUCAUCCUGGCAUGAAUGUUGGUUUUGGGCGAAAUGGUACGCUGUAUGCCAUGGAACAUGGGCGAGUAUAUGUGACAUGCGAGCGAUUGGAUCCAAAUUGGGAUCACACCUGGGUACAGCGAAACUACGCUGGGCGCGAGGGCCAAACGAUUUAUAAGAAAUUUUUCAAUGUUAUUACAGAACCACAGCAUCAGCGUUUUCGCUUAAUAGAGGAGGUUUAAAUGUUUCGGGCUUUUUUGUUGUUGAAUACUGAUGUACGAAAAUAAAUAAUGGGAAAUAUUUAGUUA